CGUCCCGCCCCUCCGCGCGUGGCUCCGCUCGGCACGCAGAGGCCGCCGGGAGCUGCAGUGCGCGGCAUGGCUGUCGGCGUGCCGGGCGGCUGCCCCGUGGUGCCGCUCCGCAGCGGCCGCAGCGUCCCGGUGCUGGGGCUCGGUACUUCCCAUCAAGGUGGCUAUUCCCAUGAUGCUGUGGUCCAUGCAUUACGACAGUGUGGCAUUCGUCAUAUUGACACAGCAAAAAGAUAUGGCUGUGAAUCUCUCCUUCAAAAAGCUAUCAAAGAAAGUGGUGUGAAGCGGGAGGACCUCUGGAUAACUACCAAACUGUGGCACAGUGAUUAUGGCUAUGAAAACACAAAAAAAGCCUGCUUGGAGUCAUGUGAAAGGCUUGGUGUUGAAUAUCUUGAUCUUUAUUUGAUACACUGGCCUGAUACUCAUAUUCCAGGUAAGAGCAAUCGGGAGGUUCGAGCUGAAACCUGGAGAGCAAUGGAGGAGCUUUAUGAGAAAGGUGUGUGUAGAUCAAUUGGCGUAAGCAACUUUCUUAUCAGUCAUCUUGAGCAACUACAGGAAGACUGUGUGGUUACCCCACAUGUUAAUCAGGUUGAAUAUCAUCCUUUUCAAAGACCUCAGGAGCUGGUGGACUAUUGUAGGAGCAGAGAGAUUGUUUUUGAAGGCUACUGUCCUUUAGCCAAAGGGGAAGCACUCACUCAUCCUAGUAUCAUUCAGCUGGCAAAGAAAUAUGGCAGAACUCCAGCACAGAUUUGCAUACGCUGGAGUAUACAGAAUGGAAUUGUGACUAUUCCAAAGUCCACAAGAGCAGAAAGGAUACAGGAAAAUUGCAAGGUGUUUGAUUUUACAAUAGCAGAAGAUGAUGUUGAAAUUCUAAAUGGAAUGCACGAUGGGAGACAUGUUUCCUGGGACCCAAGCCUUAUUGUGUGAAUGAAGGUUUGAACUUUUUUCCUUCGUCAAUGAUCAGUUUUCGAUUUUAAUCUGAGUGAAGAAGAUGUGGAAUUUUUGAUCGUGAAUAUCAACAGAAAGCAAAUUGAUCUGUUAGCUUGUGUGGAAAGCAUAACGUAAAAACGGAUUGUUUCAAACUUCAUAAGUGGUGAACUUAAACUUUAAUUCAUUUUAAACUGGAGGAUAAAGUAUUGGAUACUCAAAGUAUCUAGUCAACACCAAUUAACAAUCAAAAAUUAGUAAUAAUAACUUGUGUUAAUUAUCCUGUCAACCAUCUAAUGAAACCGUUUUGUAUUCCGUUUUUUGUUGCUUUCUUGUAGAUACAAAUAUGCUUACUUAGUGUUUUGUCUAUUUUCUCAAAGCUGUUUGGCAUGUUCUUCCAGUGUGGGUUAAGCUAUAUCAAAAUAUUAUAAUUAAGUUGCUUUACCUGCAUGUGCAUAAUUUAAGGUGUUAUUUUAACCCUUGGAGCAAGUUAGUUGUGCUUUUUUUCUCUGACAGAUUUUGUGAUAUAUUAGUUACUUCAAGAUACAGAUGGGAGCAGGCUACAAUGUGCAGAACAUUUGUAACUGUUUGGGUGACUAACAGAAAUUGGAGCAAGUAGGUACUUUUGUCCUUAUGAAAAUUAGUACUUGUCAUUUCUACCUGCAGCUUAUGUGAGUAUCGUCACCGGUGUUUUAUCUCUUAGUUCUGAGAAGUUACCUGGCUUUGAGAUAAAACUUACAGAGCUGAAAGUAGCAUAGAGAUAUCGUAAUUCAGAAGAUUGUCUGCACUGCUUAAGAAACAGUUGUGUAAUGUUAUAUUUGAGGUGAUUCUAACCAAGCUUGCUUCACGGUAUCAGAGAUGGCACGAAGAUGGCCUUGCUUUCGUACUCUCUACUAAAUUUAUGCCACAUUAUUCAGAUUAAUAAUUCAGUUAUGAUAUUUCUGUAGGAAUCAUAAUUUCAGUGUGCAGGUGAUAGGCCAUGUAGUAAGAAUAGCAUUCUCAGUUGUAUGAUGUAAAUGUUUACAAAUGUAUCCAAAAUAGAGUAUGUUUGAUCCAGCUCUGCAUCAAAACUCUGGAUCUGAAGUAAUGCCUUACUUUGUAUGUUGUUUCUUGCAUUUCCUCUAGUCAGGGGAACUUAGGGGAUUCUGCUGCCCACUCUUUGUAUUUCCUUAGUGAGCAAAACUGUUCCAUUCUGAGAAUCUCUGUUCUGGCACACCAUAGAGGAAUGCCUCUGUUUUGUGGUCUAAGCUAUGUCAGGAUGAAUAAAAGGAAUUUCUGCAUAAA